UGACAGUGACAGACACUCUGCAACACAUGUUUUUCGUGUGGUGUUUAUUUUAAAUUAAAAAGAAAUAAUUUACAAUUAAUAAUGACUGAAAAUAGUGGGAGUGAAAAUGAAUCUAAUAACUCAGAAGAGGAGCAACCUGACAUGCCCAAGGAAGACGCUAAUGAAGAAGAAACAGUAACUUUCAAAGAUCUGGGCGUCGUUGAUGUAUUAUGUGAAGCGUGUACAGAGUUAAAAUGGAAGAACCCUUCGAAGAUCCAGAAAGAGGCGAUCCCUGUUGCUUUACAAGGCAAAGAUAUCAUUGGUCUUGCAGAGACUGGGUCUGGAAAAACUGGCGCCUUCGCGCUGCCAAUCCUGCAGGCUCUCUUGGAGAACCCUCAGAGAUAUUUUGCACUUAUACUGACACCUACCAGAGAAUUGGCAUUCCAAAUAUCUGAACAGUUUGAGGCAUUAGGUGCCAGCAUAGGCGUAAAAUGUGCAGUAAUAGUAGGUGGAAUGGACAUGGUGGCGCAAGCCCUGAUGCUGUCCAAGAAACCACACAUCAUCAUCGCCACUCCUGGCCGAUUGGUGGAUCACUUGGAGAACACCAAAGGAUUCAACUUGAAAGCAUUGAAAUACUUGGUAAUGGACGAAGCUGACCGCAUCCUCAACAUGGACUUCGAAGUGGAGGUAGACAAAAUCCUCCGAGUAAUACCCCGUGAGCGGAGAACAUAUCUGUUCUCUGCCACUAUGACGAAGAAGGUCCAGAAACUUCAAAGAGCGUCCCUGCAAGACCCUGUGAAAGUUGAAGUAUCAACAAAGUACCAGACAGUGGAUAAACUGCAGCAGUACUACCUGUUUAUUCCUGUGAAAUAUAAGGACGUAUACCUAGUCCACAUCCUCAACGAGAUGGCGGGCAACUCGUUCAUAGUGUUCGUGGCCACUUGCGCGGGCGCACUGCGUGCAGCGCUGUUGCUGCGAGCGCUUGGCUUGGCCGCGGUGCCGCUCCACGGGCAGAUGUCGCAGAACAAGCGGCUUGCAGCGCUCAACAAGUUCAAGAACAAGUCGCGGUCUAUACUUAUAUGCACUGAUGUCGCGUCCAGAGGUCUGGACAUUCCUCACGUGGACGUGGUCAUAAACCUGGACAUCCCACUUCAUAGUAAGGACUACAUCCAUCGCGUGGGCCGCACAGCGCGAGCGGGACGCGCCGGGAAAUCGAUCACUUUUGUCUCACAGUAUGAUGUGGAGUUAUACCAGCGCAUCGAACAGCUGAUCGGCAAGCAGCUGCCGCUUUACCCGACUGAUGAGAGCGAAGUUAUGGUGUUGCAGGAACGAGUGGCAGAAGCACAACGACUUACCAAUAUUGAAAUGAAAGAGCUAGAAGACAAAAAGAGCGUCAAAGGCAAGAAACGCGGCGCCGACUCGGAUGACGACACGGAGGAGGCGGCAGGGGUGCGCCGGCGCAUCAAAGGCAAAGGCGGGCGCGGGGGAGGGAAGGGCAAGUUCGCCAAGCGAAAACGAACCUAAUAUACUUGCUAGUUUGUAUAA